GUUUUUUUUUUUUGUGUUUUUUUGUUACGCUUUGAGGCAGAUUUGUUUUUCUUCACUCAUUAAUUCACCGCAUAUUUCCCAAUAAAUGAGAGAUUUAAUAAUAAUGUGUUUACCAUAUAACAAUACUCAAAUUGUGAUGUGUCGCCUUAUUUCAUUUUAGGGGAUUAUUAUCCUAUUAUCGCUGUUACAAUGAAGUACAUCGUCGCGUCGUUUCUUUAAGUAAAAUUUUUAUUGAUCAUAGCCGGCGUCAUAUUGUUUAAUAUAUAAAAUAACCGGAUUUUUUACCCUAACCCUAUAUAUGAGCCAUACGAAACAAUGGAUUGAAGAAAUUUCUACUAUGUAAGCAAAUGUAGCAAAACUUAAUGGAACCACAGAAAUAUUCAUCAAUUCAAAAUGAUCGUCUAAAUUAGUCAAGGUCCAGAACUCAGGAAUUUCAUUUGAUUAAAAAGGAGGAUAAUCAAAUUUUACAUCAAACUUAUGUAUACAGCUUGUGGUUCUUUGAAGAUUGUUGUUAAAAAAUUAAACUUAAAAUAGUCAAAAAAUACUAUCAGGAUGUCCCAGUCAAACAUACUCUGUGAGGUGGAGCAGACCGAUUCAAUGGAGGAAGUAAUCGAUCGUGAACACUUCACUAAUAUUAAUGUAAAUGCAGUUAGUGUUGGAUACCCACAAUUUGGAAUUCUAGUCAGAAGUGAUCAAUAUGAAGAAGAAGUUGCUUCAAAAAAUGAAGAUCCUCAGGAUAUUGUGAUGCAAUAUAUCGAAGACGUAUUUAAAAGUGAAAGUAUAGUGAUACAUUCUGAUUCCCACCUGCCCAAUAAUCAUAAGAUAACUGCAAACGACCACUCUUUAAAUAGUAAUCUGUUUGUGGAAUCAAUUGUACCAAUGCUUGCAACUCCUAGCCCACUAACAGUAAUAUCUACACGGAAACGAGGGCCUGUAAUUAAGCAACUCAACCCACUUACAUUGAGCAGUAAUGUAGGUGAUCAAAUGAGUUCGAUAGGUGCACAACAUGGUGAUCAAAAUCAUAGAGGUGAAUUUAGGAACAAUGUGGCAUUAUUUAAUCAACGUCAAAAGUACAUUAAUAAAUAUGAACUGCCACAAUUGCAUUCCGCUGGCGGGGUAACCACAAGUACGUGUAAUACUAUAUGCUACAAACCUGUAGAAAUAAUGGAGGAACCUGCUAAACCACGUCGUUGGGAGCAGAAGCAAGUGCAAAUAAAAACGAUGGAAGGAGAAUUUAGUGUAACCAUGUGGGCUUCCGGUAAUUCCGACGACGACAUUUCCAAUCCAGAUCAAGAGGCAGAUUAUCAAGAUUUUAUAUCUUGUGAGGAACAAGAAGUGGAUGAAGACUGUAACAUUCCUGAUCCUGUACAGGGAUUUGUGUCUACUAUCAAUAGUAAUGACUUCCAACAAGAGCACUUAUUGCAUAGGCAACUAAUCAUACAGCAACACGAGCUGCACUCCUCCCAAGUUUUGGUUCGGAAUACAGUCGAUUCUGGAGAUGCGUCAAAUCCUACAGAUGAUAGAUGUGACACAAAUGCAUCUACAAUAAUAGGGUUAGAUAUAUCUCCUCAUCCGCAGUUAUCGGAAUAUGCUGGACCUAGCAACGUAGACAAUAAAUUAAGAUUUAAAAAGACUGUAGCAAAUAAUAAGACGGACACUUAUGUAACGUCAGAUGAAGAAAAUGCCAAAAAUGUAGUUUUGCCAGUUUCGCGAACUGCUGUAUUGGCCGCACCACUUAUUCAUCCUGCUAAUACCGCUGUUAUUACUGUGGCUAGUAUGGAUAGUGGUAGCUUAUCAAACGCUUUGCCAGUAAGUGUUGUCGUGCAACAAAAUCCACAAGUUGUUUCAACUUCACCACCGCCCUUAAGCUAUAGUAACAAAAUAAAUACGGCGGCAUCAGAAAGUAAUUGCAACGGCCCUGGCGAAAAACGUAUUGCUUGCCCUCAAAAAGGAUGCUACAAGUUUUUUCGUGAUAAUUCAGCAAUGCGUAAACAUUUGCAUACACACGGCCCGCGGGUUCAUGUCUGUGCCGAGUGUGGAAAAGCUUUUGUUGAAAGUUCAAAACUGAAGCGCCAUCAGCUGGUACAUACUGGAGAAAAGCCAUUUCAGUGCACAUUUGAAGGUUGUGGAAAGCGUUUCUCGUUGGAUUUUAAUUUAAGGUAAACAGUGAUUUUGCAAAAAUAUUAUUUUUUCAAUAUGUUGUUCAAUAUUGUAAUAGUUUUGUUAACAUAAGGGUUGUUCAUAAUAAUCAAUAUAAUUCAGCUAGGUGAUAAUUAAGGUAUCGAACCGAAUUGGUCAGCUAAAAUGAAGCCAAGAAAAAUCGUUCAGCAUUACGGCUUCGAGUUUUUCGAGACGAUUUAACAUACCUCCAGAGAAAAUAAUCUAGAGGCGUUAAAUUCACAGAUCUUGGUCUUUAUUCACCAAACUUUGCCCACAAAGUGUCCAUGUAUAGACGUGAAAUAUUAAGCUGCGCACCGUCGCGUCGAUUUCAUCAAAUGGUAACGGCAUUUCUUGCCUCAAGGUCGUCAGACCCGAUGAUGCUGCCAUACCACAAUUCGCACAAAACGGUCAAUUUUUGAGAAUACAAAUUUCGGAGAACGUAAAUUUGCGAAAUAUUCUUGGACCAUUUCCAAUCAUUUUACCAAAGAGAAACAACAUAAUGAAAUGGUAAACCUUACUAAAUGCACUGACAAAAUUUGACACAUACUAUAUGCGUAAACAAACAUGACCGCAACGAGACUUCGUCAUUUCUAUGGGUAAACGAUGUACAAGAGAUUGUUUACAAGAACUUAGUGUUCACCGGUCAGUUGGUGUGGAAGCUAUAUGUUAUAGUGCUAUGAUUUCUUCGAAACCGUAGGCUCGGGCAAUAAUCUGUCUGAUUUUCGUGAAGAUAUUUUGUCAACUAUAAAAAUUGUACAAACAAGUACUGAAUUUUUAUCGGUCAAUUGGUAUAUGAACUAUCUUAUAUAUAAAAAUGAAGCGCCAGAACCACAGCACGGAAAGACGAAAAUAUGUACCGGUAUUCCUUUAGUCCUGAAGAAGGUCUUUACGAUGGCCUUUUUUUGCAAAAUCACCCUCUAUUUCGCAAUUUCGGUCUGUAUUUAUAACUCAUUUCGCUGAAAAUUGGUGAUGAGGUAGCUUGGAACCUCGGGACGGGCAUAGCUUACUUUCUAUCGUUUUAUGUUAAAAGUCACAACAAUUCAUAAAUAAAAAAAUUGUAUUUCAAAGCAUAAGCAUGUGUCCAAUAUUCAUGUAAGAAUCAUUUUAAUUUUUGUUUUUAAUACAAAAUAAAAUCACACAGCUACUGGCAGGGUACAGGGGUUUUUGUUUACCUACACAUACUAUAUACUAUAUAUGAAUUAUAGUGAUAGUUGUAACUGAAUAAGAAAAGGUUGAAUCAUAACUUGAGAUAAUAUGAUAAUAGCUGACAAAUAUUGUUGAAGCAUUGCACAGAACAAUGCAAUAUUUAAAAGGAACGAUAAAGUCUGUGUUUUCUUACGUGUACUGUCUGGGUUUUAGCCGUCGAUUUUGCAAUUACAUUUGAUGAAUUUUGGACAAAACAUUACCAUAAGAUUAGAUAUAGGGCGUGAGACGCGCCCUCCUUUGCCCUACUCCUGCACUAUUAUUCACUAUAACAAGAAGCAUAUAUAUGUGUAACGAUAUACAAUGCAGAUGCAGAGGCUGUGAAGAUGUUGUUACAUCAUACAUAUUUAUGUACUAUGUACUAUUCCUUAAGUGAUUUACGAUGUCAAUAAAAAUGUAGAUUGCCAAUUUAA